CUCCCUGGCAGAGCGCAGGUGGCGCAUGCGCGCGGUGCUGUCAGUCUCCCCGGUGCUCAGGUGACGCAUGCGCGCCAGCAUUCCAGGGGAGCCCAGCUGUUCCAGCUGCUGCCGGGCCAUGUACAGCGGGCAGCAGCCGAGCGCCCCGGGCGGCACGCGCAGCACUGCACGACCUUCGGCCCUCUGGGCCCAAGGACAGAAACGCAGGAGCGGGAAUGACUCGGGUUCCUCUGCCUCGGAUGAACGUCACAGUGGACGCUUGGACGACGGGGUAGAGAGUUUUCCAGGAUUAGACGGUUCUAGGUCCCUUUCAAGUUGUUCAGAUAAGGGAAACGCAGUUGAAGAAGGCAAAACCAUGAAGACAUUGAACAAAAAAAAAUAUGGAAACUCUGUUUCAAAUGACUCUACCAAACCAGUGGAAAGGGAAACAGAUGAAGUGGUUUUGAGGAGAAGACAAAAACAGAUCAAUUUUGGGAAAAACACACUUGCGUAUGAUAGAUACAUUAAAGAAGUCCCAAAGAGCCAACGGAUACCAGGAGUUCACCCUAGGACCCCCAACAAAUUUAAGAAGUAUAGCCGCAGAUCCUGGGACCAGCAGAUCAGGCUAUGGAAGAUAGCACUUCAUGCUUGGGACCCCCCUACUGAAGAAACCUGGGACCUGCAGCCAGUUAGCACAGACCCUCCAGGCAGUUCUCAGGAAUGGCACUGCAGAGACUCGAAUGACCCUGAUUCCUCCGAGUUUGAAAAGCAGAACAGAAAUUCAUAUGAAAACCAAGGCCAGCAUUCAGAUUAUGGGCCUGAGAGCAGUCAUUCACCAGAUUCUUCUCCAGUAUGGAAACGCAGAAAACAGAACGAUCCUGAUUCCCCCAUGUCUGAUGGCAAAAACCCGUAUAGACAUCAAGAGAACAGCCUGGAGAGUUUUCAGCUGCCACCCAGAUCUUCUCAAGGGCGGAACCGUGAAAUACAGAAUGAACCUGACUUUGUAUUUGACAGAGAAGAGUGCGGAAAAUCAGAUUCGACACUGGAGAGGUGUAUGUUAUCAGAAAACUGUAGCCCCCUUUCGAGGUGUUCUGACUGGAGAAAUGUGGGUGCUGAAGAUAAAAUAAUGAGGAAAAAGAUUAAAGAAAUAGCAAGAAGCAUUAAAGAAGAAGGACUUCCUUCAGGGACGCAAAAUGAAUGUAAGUGCAGCUUGACCUCCUGCGAUCAGCAGAUCAAACCUUGGAAGACAGAUCUGGACUCCAAGGAUUCCUACAAUGAAAAAGAAACAGAUUUAUGAGCAGUGUAUGUAUGAUUAACAGUCCAAACUGCACAGGUGAAAUUAUGAAGCGACACUGGGAUUUGUUCAGAUAUCAAGAUCUACUUUUAAAGAGAAGCUUCCCCUACGAUGUUUGGCUUCCAGUGUGUUUAAAUCUGAUUUACAAAAGCCAAAGAAGAUUUUUUUUUGACUCGCCUGAAGAAUUUGAAUGUUUCUUGAAAACCAUCCCACAGGAACCUGUCUGAAACCCUGUGAGGAACUGUUUUUGCUUUGACUUUUAAAACAAAAAAAAAAAAGGAAAAAAUAUCUUAUAAAUGAUCAGCAACUGAAUCCUUCGUUUCAGGAAGGGAAGAAGAACAAAUAUUUGGAGUCCAGGUUUUCCCAGGUCUUUGAAGGACAGGAAUAACAGGCUGCUGCUAUUAUCUCUCUCCCUCCUUCUGUGGCUGUGCUACAACUUCACUGACAUCUGAUUUGUUCACACCCCAUCAGUUAACCUUUGUGCUAAGAUGAAGUUUCUUAAAACUUAAGUGGUAUGCCUUUUUGAGACUGCCAACACAGGUAAUGAGGUAACAUGUGGGACAUUUUAAAGGCUAUUUCCAUUUGCAGUUCCUGCUGUUAUCAGCAGGAGUACCAUGCUGCAGGUGGUAUGCUAAUGACCUACUGGAACAUUAGUCUCAUAUUGACUCCAGGAAAAACUACAACAUACUAAGUAGUCGUCAACAAGUCCCAAAGCACUUAGAACUUAGCUCAGCUUUGAAUGUGUGAGAUCUGACAGCCUCCAGUUAUUACCAUUAAAGAUGUACAUUUAAGAAAUAAAUAUGAUAUAUUUUGAAGAAGUAGCACUUACCAUCUUGUUACUCUACUGUGCAUGUUUCCAUAUGUUUUAUAUAUGUUUGUAAAUGAAGGAAAAAUAAAAUUUGUAGCAUGGUGUCUUUGUUUAAAAAAAAAAAAAAAAGGAAAUAAGGACCAUGAUCUGGGCAACCUUCUCCGAUUUUUUUUUAAAUGUCUCUUAAUGAUAAUGAUAAUAUGGGCUGUCAUCUUUCAUUUCAGGGGAAUAAAUGGGUUCAAAUUA